AUGCUGGUCGCAGGAAACAAUCGAACUGAACUUGAUAAACUCAAAGAAAAGAUCAACACAGAGCUGGAAUGUAAAGAUCAAGGCCCAGUGUCAUACUUUCUGGGUAUCAAUAUCAAUCGAGACCGAGCGAAUCGAAAACUAUACCUAUCACAAGAACACUACAUUGACGCAAUGCUCAGUCGAUUUGGCGAAGUUGGCAAGCCCUGUAAAACAAUUUUACCAGUGGACCUCAAGUUAGUCGGGCCUACACCAGACCAGAUGAAGGAAGCACACAAUAAACCAUAUCCGGCCCUUGCAGGGUCUAUCCUGUACCUGGCUACAAUUACUCGACCAGAUAUAGCAUACGCCGCAUCAGUGCUAUGUAGAUUCAUCAGCAAGUGGUCACUUGAUCACUGGAAAGCGGCAAAGCAUCUUCUUCGUUAUCUUCGUGGUACCUCAGAUCUUGCUCUUACCUUCGAUGCAACGGCAGGCAAGAGGACAAUACUUGGAUGGGCAGAUGCAGACUGGGGAGGUUGUCUUGAUACUCGUCGAUCGACAACAGGAUAUGUAUUCUCCACCUAUGGGGGAGUGGUCUCGUGGAAAAGUCGAAGACAACCAACUGUUGCCCUAUCAACAACCCAAGCUGAACUAUUGGCGUCUACUGAGGCAGGGAAAGAGGCCAUCUGGCUGAGACAGCUACUGGCAGACCUUGAAUUAGGUCCAGGGGAUGGAGAACCAGUCAAUAUCCUGAAUGAUAACAAUGGAGCAAUCCAGCUUGCCAAGCAUCAACAUGGGUUCAAGUUGAAUAAAGCAUUUGAUAUGCGUGCUCAGUGGAUCCGUGAACAUCAAGAUGCGCAACUAGUCAGGCUGAAAUACACACCCACGGCUUCCAAUCGGGCAGACCUUCUUACCAAAACCUUACCAGCACAUCGGACGGAUCGGCUUCGGAGACUGUUGGGUAUCGGGAACCCCAUGGUGAAUAGGAAGGAGGAGAGCAUUGUGCGCACGGAAUAA